AUGCCGCGCGGCGGGGAUCUCAUUUGCAUGGACACGCCCCCAGCCUCCCGCAUCCAUGGCACCGCCCUCUGCCCCGCUGUGAUUCGCAUGGCCACGCCCCCUCCACAACCCGCCUCGUGUCUCGCCCUCGUGUUGGCGCCCCCUGGCGGCGCGGCGGAGCGACCCCCGCCCGGCCCGGGCGCGUCCGGACCCUCUCGAACGGAACCGGACCCGGAACGGAACCGGACCCGGAACGGAGCCAGAUCCCGAACGGAACCAGUCCCCGAAGGGACCCAGACCCGGCACGGGCAGCAGGCGCGGCGCUGUCUCUCUCUCACGGCGCUGUCUCUCUCACACGGCGCUGUCUCUCACUUGGCGCUGCUCGCACUCGCCAACCAUAAACUCCGCAUUUUUCGCACCCCGAACGCCGCUGGCCCGGCCGAUCGUGCCCGAGGGAGCAGAGAGCCCCGGGAGGAGCGGGCGGAGCGGAGCGGGGGCACCGGGAGGGGCGCGGCAGCACCGGGCAGUGCCGGGGAGAGGGAGCUCCGGCAGCGGGAGAGGCGGCCCGAGCCCCGGCAGCGGCGGGAGCGGAGCGCGGCCCAAACCGGCCCGGCCCGGGGCAGCGGCUCCGCGGCUCUCGGGGCUCCCGGCGGGGCCGGGCCGCAGGGGGCGGGGCCAGCGGGGAGUUGUGGGCGCGUCUAUGCAGAUUUGUGCCCGCCGCGCGGCAUGCCGGGCCCGAUCCCGCGCCAAGCCCGCGCUGUCCCGGCGCGUCCGCGGGCUCGGCGCGGGCCGGGCCGAUUCAGGGCCAUCAGCGCUGCCCUCGGCACGUUCGCUCUCGGCGCUCCCCCGCACGCCGCUGCGCUGUCUGUGUCGCUGCAUGAGCCCACAGUGCCCCGGCAGCGCCCACCGGGCGGCACCGGCACCUCGCCCCUUUCCCCGCGGUGUUUCCCUGUUCCCGCAGUCACGGCGGGGACAGCCCGGGAUCAUCCCGUCCCCGAGGCGGCCCCCCCGAGCCUCCCUAUGUUCCUGUACCGGUUCACGUGCUCCACUUCCAUCUGUAAAUAA